UCAUCAGUUCCAUCUAAUGCUGAUGAGAAUAAAAGUCAUCCUGAUUUGACACAUUUGGACCUAGCCACCACACUCAAGACUCAAGACUCAAGCUUCACAGAUUGGGUCUCUGACCCCUGCACCAAGAAACUGGUGCUCAAGAUGAGGAAGACAUCACAAGCACUGACAGUUGUGGAGGCAAAACAUGAGAUAGCUCUGAACCAAAUGGGGUUACAGGAAGACAUGGUGAGAAGUCUCAAGAAAGAAGUCACCCGGCUCACACAGGAGCAGGAGACAGCACAGAAGGUUCUCCUGGACAAGAACAAGGAAAUUGAGGAACUAACAGGAGCCAACAAGGGCAUGAAAGACACCAUAGAUGAACUGCUUGCUGAAAAGACAAAACUGACUAACAAACUGGCAAUGAUGGAAGGACAGGAAGAACAACGAUUUCGAAGCAGGCAUGCUGUGGGGGAAACCAGUGCCAGGGAAACCACAAAAGACACCAUGGAUGAGGAAGACAAGGUGACAAGUCUCCAGAGGGAAGUCACCCAACUCAAACAAAAGCUGGAGGAAGUGCAGAAACUUCUCCUGGACAACAAGAGGGAAAAUGAUGACUUAACAAAAGCCAACAAGGGCAUGAAAGACACCAUAAAUAAACUGACAAGGUCAAAGGAUGACAAUUUGGAGAGUCUUCAGAUGAAAGUCACCCAGCUCACACAGGAAAAAGAAGCAGUGCAGAAAGAGCUCUCAGACAAGAGUCAGGAACUUGAGGACUUAACAGGAGCCAACAAUGGUUUGAAAGAUGAACUGACUAACAAACUGGCAAGGAUGGAAGAAGAGGGGAAGUUGAAGGAUAGAAAGGUGGAGAGUCUUCAGGAGGAAGUCACCAGGCUCAAACAGGAGAAAGAGGCAGCACAGAAAAUUCUCUCAGACAUGGCAGGCAGUAGCCCAAGUAUGAAUGAUGAGGCAAGAGGAGGAGCUGCUGGCACAACAUCCGACGGAAGUCAUCAUAGAGGCCAGCGUCAACAUCGCUUUAAGUUACCGUCUUGCCUUUCUCCCAAGACAAAACCUUGAAUGUAGACCAGUAAUAAAAGAAGUGUCAGCGUGCAUGGUCCAUUGGUUAGUGACGGCCACUGAUCGAUGACCAGACUCUGUGAGUCUGAAACCUGACAAUCAAUCACCUGGCAUACAUGCUGCUGUAAAGGGUUGCAGUCCUUAUAGAAAGAGGGGAGUGACCCGUUGUUCAUUGUGCUUGUCAAUCAAUCAA